UGGACGCGCGGAUUUUUUGAAAGGGCUCCAAAGUUUAUCAACACAUAUUACAUGUUUUUAAAUUUGGGACACCUUUUUCGUUUGUGAAUCAACGCCUACAGUGAUUGAAAGAUAAACGAGCAGUGACAUCUGGAGAGGAUGGCACGGAUGACGUCUCAUCCCACAAUGCUAAUGAUGAUGACGGCGGGUUUGACUCCUUAGACCAGGAUACAACAGAUGUCUCACUGCAGUCAGAGGUGAAGAAUGAGGCCAACACAAAUGUGGACGUGGCCCCUCUUCCCCCAGAGUCUCUGAUUCCUCCUGAGGCGUUUGAGAAACAGAAGCUGCUUCUCAUUAGAUGGGUUCCAAGUCCACGGCCUAAACCGCCCUCAACAUGAUGAACCUUUCUGUAGAAUAACUAUGAAACAUUAUAAGCCUUGCCAUAUGUAGCAGCCUUACUUUUUGAUGGAACACAUUACUUCAGAGGGCUGUCGUAUCAAUGUUUGUUUGUGUAUUUUCCCUGUUUGUAUGUGCUGCAGUCUGAAAGGAGAGGUGCUGGGCAGCUGUAAGGACUUCAGGAUGAACACGUUCUCUCCGGACACCCUGGGUAUCAUCCGCCUCUUCCUGGCCUCCUCUCAGUCCCACUUCCUCAGGGACGCCCUGUCUGACGCACCCCUGGUCCCCGUCACCCUGUUCGGGCACCAAGCAGGGGAUGCCAUGUCGGACGUUGCCAGGGACGAUGGUGCUGAUGCUGGUGCGGAGAACCUCCUGACCCUGGAGGACAACGGGAUGGAGAUGGACCAGGGACAUGAGGAACAUAUUGACAGACACCAGGCCCCCAGUGAAGGGAGGCUGUUGAGGGAGAGGGGAGCAGUCCAGCAGCUCUCUGAGGGGCAGAAGAAACAGAGGAAGGAGGAGAGGGCCCAGACGGUACGGUUACCCGUCACAACCACAGACACGGGGGAUAAACCCCCAUACAUUUCGAGAUAAAAAAUAACCAUUCUAGUGCACACGUAGUUUUUUGUUGUUGUCUUUGUGAUGCGAGGAUUGUUGUGAUGCAGGCAAACAUGUGAAGGUUACAUGACCUUUAUGAUAGUCGGCGAGGACAAGCCUCUGAAAACAGGUGAGGAAACAUUUUCCUAUCGAUGAGAUGCUGUCCAACUGACUCUUACUCACUGAGAGGAUGUCAGUGUAUUUUCUAUGAGGGGUCCUGUCUAUGUUAAAUGUGUGUUCUUUCACCAUAGGAAGAUGUUAUAAGGUUCCUCCGGGUUUGGAUGAUUCUGGGAAGCGGAAAAGGAAAGGCCUCUCUGCUCUGCAAGACUUCUGGACCUGGUACACUGGCACCUAUGACCCCCGUGAACCCAGGCU